CUAACUAUACUGGUUAUUCAACCUUAUUUUUAUAUCAAAAUUUUCUCUCUUUCUAUUUUCUCUGUCUACAAUUCGUGGUACCUUGACUUUUUCCUUCAUUAUCACCUUGAUCUUUGUUUGUUUUUCUCGUAGCAAUUUCUUAAUUAAAAACGACUUUGGACUAACUAAUUAAGUGAACACCUAAAUCAACAUUAGAUAAUUUUCUCGAUAACCUUUUCAAUUUUGGAUCAUUACAAUAUUAAUCACAAUAAGCAAACUAACAAUUAACAAUAUUAAAUGAAUGAAACAAUAGACUAACUUUUUUCUCAGCGUAAUAAACAUGAUAAUUCAACCAAACUUGAAACUUUUUCUUCAGUUAUCAACUACCAUCCAAAUGGAUGACAAUUAGCUCUCAAUUGUGUUUUGAUGAUUUAUGAUUAUUAAUAUAAGCCUUUUGAAAAGCUCAUUGGUUUUGUACGAAUUGUUUAACGAAAUUGAAAAUGAUUAAUCAAUGCGAUUCGGUCAAAUUUUUUGGAUUUCUAUUGCGAAUCUUCAUCCACCAGAUACUUGGUGUUCCCAAAAUAGAUGCUCCAGUUGAAGCGACUCAAGAGGCCAUCAAUCGCUACGAAAAGUAUGCUCUUUUCUUUUGCACAUUGUUGCACGGAUUCCGUCAGUAUGGUCAAGAUAAAGAUCAAAAUAGUAACUCAAAGGACGUGACACUUUCAACGUCAAGUCUUCAUGCAAACUUGCCAUUUGACCUUAAGAAUUGGAGUAUUCGGCUGGCAUCAGCCGUAAACUUUGUUCGCUUCGUUAGUUUGAUAUUCAUCAAGGACGAAGCUACUCUCAUCUAUCUAGGGGACAAUGUUUUCCGGUCAAAAGAUCGUAUAUCAAUAUGCAUGUUUAAUCUUUUCUCAAUAACUGUGUCAAUGCUCGUUCGUGAAGCUUUCUUACGUAGCGAAGCUCAAAAUCAUUGUACUGUUCUUGCAGAUUAUGACUAUGUUCGUACUCAUGGCUUCAACUCUUCACAUCUUAAAAUGACCACAGCUCAGACUAAACAGUUCCAGUUGACUGUCCACUUUUUACUCAACCUUUAUAAUCGUAUAAUUACCUGUAUGGUUCCAUUUAUAGUGAUCUUGUACAAUAUACCCUUUUUUACCAAUCCUUACACAUAUCAAAUAUCAUCUCUGGCGAUUUAUGGUACUCUCUGGUCUUUUACUCACACUUGGUCAGCUGUUUUUCUUGCGAAUGAGAUGUUAACAACCUCUGGUUACAUGUUUCUCAUUUGUGCUAUCCACUACUAUCGUAUACAGUCAGUUGUUGAACAAUCAAAAUCCAUUCCUAACGAGUCUAUUAAUAAUUUAUCAAUUGGCCGUCAUAACGACGACUUCAAGGAGUAUCGAGAGCUCAAAAGUAGCGAUAAAAUGUUGCAGCGAGUUAAAAGAUCAAAAGUUUCACAAACUUGUUCUUCGGAAUCAUUUCUAUCAACUAUUCACAGAGAUAUUGAAAUUAUCGCUAAUCACGAUCUAAAAUGUGCUCAGUUUACGCCGAAUUAUAAGAUAAUUGUCAAUUGGGCUACGAAUCUUAUCGGCAAUUGGACUCACCGAUUCAAUAGUUAUGAAUUUGACUUCAAGCGACUGCGAUAUUUGGUGCUGUAUUAUUUUACGGUGGUCGCUUUUACGGCCGAUCUGUUCAUCUUUUUGGGCGUUAUCAUCGUUUCUCAUUCCCGAUUAGUCGCCAACAUGUAUGCAGUAUUAGGCUUUAGUGCUAACCUUUGCUGGUUGCUACUUUGUAGGUGA